GCCCGUUGCCAUCCCCACACGCCGCUCACACGCCGCCUCCCUCGUUCUCGCGCCGACGCUCGCCGCACCGCCUCCCUCUCCCUCGUUGUCGCGCCGCCUCCCUGUCCCUCGUUCUCGAGCCGCCACACCGCCUCCCCAGCCGGCCAGGUAACACACGGCGGCUCUUCCCUGCUGGGCUUCGGAGCUGCCAGUCUGCCACGCCGCCGCCCCAGCAGAGAGGCGAGCACCCCCGCCGGCGCCUCGGAGCUUUGAAUUGGCUGGGCGCGCGACCGGCCUCUGCCGCCGGGCCGCGAGCAGCAGCAACCCCCCUCGCCGGCCAUGACCUCCGCUCACUCCAAGCUCUACUCCGAUGACGUCAGCCUCGUCGUGGUCGUCGUCGACACGAACCCCUUCUUCUGGGCCGCCGCGGCGCUCCCCUUCGCCGACUUCUUCGCGCACCUGAUCCACUUCGUGAACUCCCUCCUGCUGCUGAACCACCUCAACCGUGUGGUCGUCAUCGCGGCGGGAGUCAGCUCGUGUGCCUACAUCCUGGAUUCCAGCGAUGCCAGCCCCUCCGGUGGUGUGGCCGUCUCGGACACCUUCGACAAGGCAAGCCGCAAGGCGGAGGAGUUCAUUGCACAAGAUGCGCGCGCCACUGCAGGCAACGGUUCCGUUGCUUCUGCCAAUGCCGCGUCGCUGCUCUCUGGGGCGCUGUCCAUCUCUUUGUGCUAUAUACAGAGGAUUUUCCGGUCUGGGUCUCGGCAUCCACAACCUCGGAUUUUGUGCCUGCAGGGAUCUCCAGACGGACCUGAACAAUAUGUGGCAGUGAUGAAUUCAAUAUUUUCUGCUCAACGUUCCAUGGUACCAAUUGACUCUUGUAUUGUGGGAACCCAGGAUUCUGCUUUCUUGCAGCAGGCUUCGUACAUAACAGGAGGAGUUUAUUUGAAGCCACAAGAACUAAAUGGCCUGUUUCAAUACCUUGCCGCUGUAUUUGCAACUGAUUUACACUCUAGAGCUUUUCUGCGCCUUCCAAAAACUCUUGGAGUGGACUUCCGUGCUUCGUGUUUCUGCCAUAAGAAGACUAUUGACAUGGGAUAUGUCUGUUCAAUUUGUUUGUCAAUAUUCUGCAAGAAUCAGAAGAAGUGUUCAACCUGCGGGUCAGAAUUCAGUCGUGCCAUGCCUGAUUUGAACUCCGUGCCGGAUCAAAGCAAGUAGUGUCCAGUGCGAAGUUAACCCAUCAACAGACAACGCUUUUCUCUAUGCGUCUCACAGGUUCCUUUCGGACUAGCACCUUCACGUGUGCAGUGUGUACGAGACGUUUCUUUGGUCGAUAUGUGAAUCAAUUUCCAUGUCUGAAUAUUAUCGGUUUUUUUUUAAAAAAAACUGAAACUGCAGAA